ACACACACGCCUUCUGUCACCUGUUAUGAUCUCGCGUGAUUUACUAACAAGAUCAAUAUGGCAGCGCCCAUGUUACGACGGCGAGCAGACGAGAUGAAAAUGUGACAUUUUCGAGGUUUAGACUGGGAUCCACGUACCUGUGAGUAAAGAUUGCAAGAUCUGGUUGCCGAUAACCACUCUGUCUCUUCCAUCUCACUCAACUCUAAACCAAUCGCAAGCCAUGUUUCAUCCAUUGUAACAGAGUGUCUCACCAACCAAUCAGACACCAUGUUCUUUGUGGUGUUUGUCUCGGUGAUCUUUGGAGCAUUCUGCAUGCUGUUGAUGCAGAUGUUCCUGGUGUUCCUGUAUUAUAAGAACCAGCAGGUCCAGCCCAUUCCGCAGCGGGCCCAGUAUGAGAAAGCCAAGAUGCCUGAGGAUUUGGACAUCUCUUCCUUACUUCACAAGACAGAAUCAUGCAGUGCUCUGAAUGUCCUGAUAGCCUUCCUCUUCCAGGAGCUCAAAGACGCAGCGUUUGUCCGACGAUGGGUCGUCAGGAAGAUGAACGUAGAGUUCGAGGAGCUUCUGACUGCAAAAACGGCCGGAAAAAUCCUGGAGCAGAUUAACGUUCAAGAUUAUUGUCUCGGAACAUCCUUUCCAACAAUCAAGUCUGUCACAUUGAUGAAAUGUCUGCAAGAUGACCCCAGUGAAGUACCUGAUGAGAUUGACAUUGCAGCUGACUUGGAAUACAGUGGGGGUUUCAGAGUUUCCGUCGAUGUUGACUUGGUCUUUGGGACCACGGCCUACGUUUCCAUAACUGUCACCAAACUUAAGGGACGACUCAGGCUACAAUUUAGUAGAAAUCCGUUUACACACUGGUCCAUGUCUUUCUAUGAUGAGCCUGAGGUUGAGUUUGAAGUGGAGAGUCACUUCGAAGGUCGCUCGGUGCCAAAACUAGGAUCUCUUAUUGUUGGUCAGCUUCGUAAAACCUUGAGAAAGAAACACACCUUGCCGAACUACAAAAUGCGUUACCAGCCUUUCUUCGUCAAGCCUGCCCCUCCACACAGCAGCGCUGAUGUCUACGUUCAUGAUGGCAAGAUCACUACCGGCAAGCUAGCGGUGACGGUGGUGGAGUGCAGUCGGCUGUCGGUGUCUCCUGCACAGAAAGGACUCUCUGAAAUAUACUGCACCUUAUCAGUCAAUCCAGAGCCAUGGAACCAGGAAGACAUUGUCCGUCGGUUCCCAGGCGAGACAUUCGAGGUAGAUCUGCCGAAAGGUGGUCCCCGCGUGGGUCUGAAAUUCACCACAGGGUGCAGGGAGUCAGACGUCGUCAUCGCAUCCAUUAAUAGAGAUUCACCGGCCGGACAGACGGAAUUAAAGAAAGGUGAUCUUCUACAAGCUGUGGACGGCAUCAGGGUGACUAAUGCUAAGCAUGCUGCUAAGCUCAUCAAACAGACCAAAGAUAGGUGUAUACUAAAAGUGCAGCGACCAGCUCACCCAAUAGUAACUCAGACGGAUGGUCAGACGAUGACGGAUGGUUCAGGUAAAAACAUUGAAAUCGUUGACGUGCAACUUGACGAUAACGACUACGAAGAUUUCAUCAACGUCAAAAUGAUGCAGACACUCGGCGUGAGCGCCGAUGAAGUAGAUCUGAUAGCGCAGACUACCAGUGCGCCUGGUAAACUGCAAGUCCCUGCCACGGACUCCCCGGUGCUCCGUCGACGCACUGGUAACCUGGACUCGACUGAGGGUGACGCUCCGGUGCGCAGGUUGUCGUCAAGUCUGGACUACUCCACUUUGAGGAAUCUCUCAACUACCAUGGAUCGGGAGAACCGACUGCAGAGCAUCAAGAUGCUAUUUAAGGAAUCCAUGCAGGCUAAACCUGGUGACAAGAAACGAAAGAAGACCGUCAAGAACCCCACGAUAGCCAGCCUGCAAGCUGGGGGCGACACAGACACCCAAGAAAUUGACCCAGACAGGGUCAGUCUGUCCAGCCUAACAUCACUGGUAGACGAGCCUGAUAUGGCUGGUAGUCCCAACACGGGAUCAACGGUUACCGGUUCCACGGUGUCCAUUGCUGGAGGGGACCAGGCAGCUGUCUCCGAACCUGCAAACUCAGAGUUCUCUGGUUAUGAUGACCUAUAUGAGACUUCACUGGUUCCGGCAUAUGAUGAACCUACGUGGGACGAAACCUUCAACUUUGAAGUGGACGAGUUUGAUCGCUAUCUCAACGUCUGCGUCUGGAAUCGCAUUCCUCUCUCGUCCGGCAGUAAAGACAUUCUGAUUGGCUAUACCUGCGUACCGCUCAUGGACGUAGCAUUGCAGUGUCUCAACACAAAGGCUGGGGAGCACCUCCUUGUUAGUAACUUGCACCCUCCAGAACAGAGGGCAGGGGCCACCCGCCUGCCAGGCCAGUCCCAUCUCUACCAGCACUCGGGCUUCGAGACUCGGCUCUGCUAUGGAGACGUUGCCCUCUUCUUUCAGCACACACCGUCGGGUGAGCAACCUCCAACCAAGGAAGAGCUUGAGAUGACUGAGUCCCUGCUGAAGGAGCUACAGAGCAAACAUAAGGCAGUGGCUGAGGAGAGAUGGAAGACGCUGAAUAAGGUCAAAGGUCACAAGCACACGCGACCUGAUGAACUCAAUUUGUUCCCAGGACUACAGCACAGGUUUGUGGGAACUCAUUUCACUGUGCCAACUAGAUGUGAUUUCUGCUCCAAAAAGGUGUGGACUAAAUACGCCCUGAAAUGCCAAGUAUGCCAGCUCAUAUGCCACAAGAAAUGCUCUGAGAAAACGCAAGCACAAAUUCCAUGUGACAGAACCAAAGUCUGGCGAAAACCUGACCAGUCUUCCCCAUCCAAGGACCAACAACUGAACGUCAAGGUGGUUGCGGACCCUUCCGCCUCCCCACAAACCACUCCCACAAUGCAACGUCGCAGCGGGGUAUCCCCUCAACCCUCCCCUGUCCCUUCCCCGGAUCCCUCCCCCCGCGAGUCCUCUGCAUCGUCUGACGAGGAUGAAGAAGACGAGGUCAACGUGGCGGUCCGCGGGCUGAACCGACUGAAACGAGACCUCCGUGAGCUGGCCCGGGCUGAAGGCAAUAGGGUGGACGACACAGAUGCUGUGUUUAUGACUGCCGCUAGAGAGCUUGGUCGUGAGUUGUUCAUUGAGCUUCCCAACAAUGAAAGGAAGGAAAAGCUGGAAACAAUGGUAAACAAGCUACAGAGGGAGAUUGACGCCGAAGUGGAGCGGCAGUUGCAACUGACCCAGGACAUCCAAACUGAUCAGCACCGACCGCAGCAGCGACUAGGCACUCAACAGCAGCACCAGCAGCAGCAACAGCAGCAGCGACGUCAGCGGCGACGUACAGGCAACAUGUGCCGCAGCGAGGAGCGCAUGCAGAUGCUGGCUACACUGAUGCUGCACUACUGCGCCGGCAUACAGCACUGUAAUGAGACGUUACAUACUGCGGAGGAACUGGAUAACAAAGUCAAUGAAAAUGGUAACGUUGAUCCUCAGCCCUAGGUCUCACAACAAAUUCCAACCCAUGUCAUAUUGUGGGUGUGUAGUGUUAGUAUUUUGCUGGUAACACUCAGUCCGUUCAAGCACCUCAUAAAUCUGGCCACUUAAAUAGAACGGGAAAAAUAUUUGCAGCAGCAUUGUAUGUAAUCCGGGUGAUUCACAAUGCAGUGCGCCACCAAGAGUUUGCCAUUGAGAGUCAACUUUUCAAGUUUACGGUCGACAAAAUAUGGCCCAUUUGAAUGAGUGUCGGUAGACAACUUUAGCUAUUAUGUUAUAGAUAGGGGCAUAGCGUUCUGCCGCCUUACAAAAAAUCACCAUAUUGAUAAAAAGAAAAGAAAGGGGGCAAACAGAUAUUCGAAUCAUAUGCUUACGAAACAAUUGACCGGAAAACGAACAAUUUCAAAUGUCCUGCGCUGCGAAUUUGUCGAACAUCUCCCACAAUGCACGGGGAAAAAUGAACUCUCCGUGGCAAACUAUUGGUGGCGCUCUGCAUUGUGAAUCGCCCGAGUUGGCGACAAGCUGUCACAUGGUAACAUAGCUUUAAAUGUACUGCAUAACGCAUUAAAUUGGUUUAGGCUAUAAUUGUUAUAAAAAAACUAAACACAGAAGAGACAUGUGCCAAUACUUUCAAAAAUUCAGCAUUCCUAAUUCUUUUAAUUCAAAACAUUUGGGGAAACUUCUUACUCCCUUGUCAAGUUUUGUAGAACAAGGACAACUGAUCGUAUUGAGAUUGGCACCUGUGAACUUUUGAAAUAGUAACUGAGCUGUCAUUCCCUAUGUUAGCCAUCUGCAGGCUCCUCAAUGCAAACUUAUCAAGAUCCCAUCAAUAUCUCAAAGGUCAUCAAUUAACAGCCAACAACAACAGAGUUUUAACCAUAGAGCUAUAUUAAAUUACUAGAGCGCUAACUCCUCAUUCUGCGCGCGAGACACUUUGAAGCCGUCCUG